AUGGAAAAUGAAAAUAUCAAAGCAGAAUGUGUUCUCUGCAAUGAUGACAAAAAAGAAUAUAGCGGCACAUUAAGAUCCACUUCUAAUUUUCGCCUUCAUAUCAAGAGAAUUCACAGUAAUGUUCUAGAAGAAUUUGAGAAUUAUAUUAAAUCUACUGUUAACGAACGUCGUGGUACAAAAAGAAAAUUAAAUGAUUCAAACCCAAACAUGCAUAAACAACAGAAAUUAAAUUUGUAUUUUAGCGAUCAUCAAAAAAACGAGUCCAAACAAAAAACGUUUGAUACAAAUAUUUUAAAUUAUGUCGUUUGUAGCAUGAAGCCAUUAUCAACGGUUGAAGACGAACAUUUUAUAAAGAUGAUUAAAGAUAUUGAUGGUACUUUAAAAAUAUUUUCGAGAAGAACAUUAAGCCGUCGCAUUCUAGAAAAUUACACAUUUAUUUGUGAAAAAUUAAAAAAUGUUUUUGAAUCUGAUCCAAGACCUAGUGUAUGUACAACAGCUGAUAUUUGGUCAACAAAACACAAAUCAUUUAUGGGAGUCACGGCGCAUUGGAUUGAUGAAAACACUUUAACUCGUUUAAGUUGUGUAUUAGCCUGCAGGCGAUUUCGUGGCUCUCACACAUAUGACAAAAUUGCUGAAUUGCUACAUGAAAUAAUAUGCGAAUUUUCAAUUGAAAGAGAACAGCUGAUUUCAACUGUUACCGACAACGGUUCAAAUUUUGUAAAAGCAUUUAAAGAUUUUGGUUGUGUAAUGGAUUGGAAUUUUCAAAUUGAUGAUUUAGAAUUCAAUGAUGAUAGAGAAAAUGCAGACGAAGAAGAAUGUACUGAUGACGAUGUGGCUACAUUUGAAAGUAUCGAUGUAGAUGACACCAUGACACAAGAAACUGAAAUUUUUUUGCCUCAUCAUUUACGCUGUGCAAGUCACACAUUGAGUCUUAUUGCGACUACAGAUUUUAACAAAAUUCUAAAAGGGACUUCAGCAUCUAGAAUCAACCAUUCUGUUAUGGGUAAAUGUACAACACUCUGGAAUUUGUCACGAAGACCAAAAUCUUCAGAAAUCAUCCAUACUAUAUUAAAUUGUUCACUGAAAUAUCCAUGUCCUACUCGGUGGAACUCUCUUUAUGACGGUAUUACACAGCUUUUGAAAUACAAAGAUAAAUUAAAUUUAGUGUUAAAAGAAUUAAAUGUUAAGUAUAGUUUCAAAGAUAUAGAUUUUGAGUAUUUAGAGGAAUUAGCUGCUUUAUUAAAGCCUAUUGCUGGUGCCUUAGACUUUUUGCAGAGUGAGAAUCAAUGUUAUUACGGUCAGCUUUUACCCACAUUAUAUUCACUUAAAACUAGACUAGAAAUGUUAAAAGAAAAAAAUUUUCGCCAUUUAGCUAAUAUGAUAACACCAUUGGUUAAUUCUUUAAUAAAACGAUUUAGCGAUUUUUUUGAAUUAUCUCCCAGUAUAAAUGAAGCUAUUUUAGCAACUUGUUUUCAUCCAUGUUAUAAAUUAAGAUGGAUCUCUAAUGAAUAUGACCACGAAAAAAAUAGAAUUCAAAACCUAUGUAUAAAUGCUGCAGAAAAUAUUUUUAAUAAUGAUAUUACUAAUAAUUCAAAUUCUAGCGAUGAAGAUGACGACAAUUUUAUUGUUUAUUCAUCGCAACCAGAAGCUAAAACCAUUAAAAAAGCCGAUCUGGAAGUAGUUACUUUUUUUAAUGAUAAGGCUAAAUCAUUAAAUAUUCUAAACAAUUAUCCAAUUAUAAAAAAACUUUUUAUUAGAUUUAAUACCAGCUUAUGCUCCUCAGCACCCGUAGAACGAAUGUUUUCCAUGGCAGGAUUUAUUAAUAAUCCUACCAGAAAUAAAUUAUCUGAUAUAACCUUCGAAAAACUUGUAUUUUUAAAAGGAAACAAAGAUAAAUUAACUAUAUAA